CGAGAACCAGUAGUAAGGGUAGUUUGGUCAUAAGGCACCGGUUAGCGCAAAAAAAAACCCUAGAAGGUUUAGGUCUUCUUUUCUAGGGCUUCUCCCAUUUAUCCUCUUCAUUCCCUCCCGAUCCACUCAUUGCUGCGAGCUCGGUCACUGGGAGCCAUGGCUUCAGAGAAGAAACUCUCGAACCCUAUGAGGGAGAUCAAGGUGCAGAAGCUCGUGCUCAACAUCUCCGUUGGAGAAAGUGGAGAUCGUCUCACCAGAGCUUCGAAGGUGUUGGAACAGCUAAGUGGCCAAACCCCUGUGUUCUCCAAGGCUAGGUACACCGUGCGAUCGUUUGGGAUCAGACGUAACGAAAAGAUUGCAUGCUACGUUACCGUCAGGGGUGACAAGGCGAUGCAGCUUCUGGAAAGCGGAUUGAAGGUGAAGGAGUACGAGCUCCUGAGGAGAAACUUUAGUGAUACCGGCUGCUUCGGCUUUGGUAUUCAGGAACACAUCGAUCUAGGAAUCAAGUAUGAUCCCUCAACAGGUAUUUAUGGUAUGGACUUCUAUGUUGUCCUGGAACGUCCAGGCUACCGUGUGGGGCGCCGCCGCCGUUGCAAGUCUCGUGUUGGAAUCCAGCAUAGGGUCACGAAAGAUGAUGCAAUGAAGUGGUUCCAGGUCAAAUAUGAGGGUGUGAUCCUUAACAAGUCUCAGUCAAACACUUAAAGAGAGAAAGAUUACAACUUGGGUCAAUUUAAUGUUUUGACAAACUUAAGUUUCCUUUUUGUUCUUUGUAGAGAGUGAGUUGUUGACUCUUGAUUUACUCUGAGAAUUGGCUAUUGCAGUAGUAAUUUUGUUUUA